AUGCCAGCACCCUCUUCCAAGACCUCAUCUGGGACCAAGCUUUUCCAGCAGGACAUCGUUCAAAAAAUCUCGGCACCAGAGUAUACAGGAAUUGUACUGAGAUGUUGGCACGACGCUGAGGAGGACCAGCCGCCAAUACCUCACGCGGAUCCGCUCAUGCGGCCUCUCACAUAUGGGGAGGUCGGCGUAUCUUUCGUCUCACAUGGCGCCACGCGCGAAAUCCUCCCCGAGUCGAGCCUCCGUCUCGUCGAUCGCACCCUUCAACCGGGCGACUACUGCAAGCGCUCUUUCGACGACGUUCGCUCGGGAGUCGUGAAAAAGAUCACGACCAAGGCUCGUGUGGCCCAUGCUAUCAGCGACGUGAAAGUGGACAGGUGGCUCUCUCUCGAGGAUGUAGAGGAUAGGCUGGAGGCGGAGCUUGGUGAUUAUAUCUUGAACGAUGAUUGGAUAGGUCAGGUCGUGGAGGUCUUCGAUGAAUACAUUGUACAAGUUGGGUCAGGACGGCUCGUCAGACUUCCAGAACUCGGCUCCCGGUUGAGUGUUGGAGAAUCUGGUCCAAAUAUCCUCCCUCCAAUUGUCCUCGGCGCGGAUGAUCUUGAUAGCACUGGAAGUGCUAAAGAUACAGUCAUCGCCGUGAAGCACAAUACGUAUGCCAUCACUUGGUUGGCUCUUAACCAGUCGUUACCGCCAGCUGAGUCAGAGAAAAGACCGCGACCGAAGAGAUUCUGGCAUGGCGAAGAUUUGAGCCAGUUAACUCUGGUUCGUAUGCCCUCAGACUUGGAAAUGCGGGCCGGAGACCGUGUUCGUCUGAAGAACACGACAAACAUGCCGGUAACGUUCCAUGGCAAUGCAAGCGACCCCACUGGUGUCGUGCAAGUCCAGCAGUUUGUGGUCAAAGAGACGAUGUCAACUGUGGAAAUACUAUGGCAGGAUGGCACACGAGAAACUCUCAAAUCGACCAAGGUCAUCCCAUAUCUAAAUCCAGAUGAAUAUGACUGCUGGCCUGGUGAUCACGUCGUCUGGAAGAAUGAAGGCGAAACGAGGCCGGCCAUCGUACAGUCUGUGAAUGCGGUCGAUAGAACGGCCAUGAUUCUAUUUCCAGACACUGGAAAAAUCGAACUGGCGUCUUUAUUAGAGCUCGACCCUCAUGGAAACUCGGACGUGAAUGCAGCAACAGGCCACGAAGAAUUCGGCGUGCGCCACGGCGACUUCGUUUUCAUUCAUGCAACUGGGACUACCAACGGGAUGGAGCCUCCAAAAGUGCCGCGAAUUGGUGAAAUCGAACCUUGGGUUCGCGAGUCACCCUUCGUCGACGGUGAAUUUGCUGGUUGGCGGAAAGCACUCCACGAUAUAGGGGUCGAAGUUGCUGCUCAACGGGGUAUUAGCUACGUGAAUGAGAAGCCCAUUCAGCAACCGGAAAAAGGGAAUAGUCAGCUUCAUUGGUGUGGAGAAGUUACGGCUUUGCACUUGGAUGGAACCGUCGAAGUCACUCAUCCUGAUUUUUCUGUCGCCUCAUAUCCGUUGACACGAUUGACUCGCCUGUAUGAUGGACUCGAGCAACUGCAGGACGAAGGAUGGGAUGACGAUGGCGAGGAAGGUGACAUCGAUGAUGGAGCUGAAACAUGGGCGAUGGACGAGGAUGGCAAAUGGCAGCCUGAGUAUGGAGACGACGAAUGGGAGGAUGUUUCGUCGACGGGUGCUGUUGCCGAUCUUGUGGACAUUUUGGAUGAGGACUCGAUGGACGAGGAUGAGCUCAUGGAAGACUUGCCUUCCCACCCAGACCUAGAAGACGAAUUGCAAAUGGCUCCUGGCACCGAGAAUCCUUGGAAUCUUGGCCCAGAUCUGAAGCAAGGACAACCGACUACUCCACCUUCAAGUACGCUCCCACCGGACGAAGAUAUAAGUACUGCAACGCCAACUCAGCAAUCACGUAAUGACGAAGCAGUGAAAGACGAAGACGAGCCGAUGAAAGGCGAAUCUUCGUCUAAUGCACACGCCGGCCUCGACUGGAAUCGAUUUGAGAUUCUGCCUUCUGCACCAGUUGACCAUGCAUUCUACUCUUCUCCUCAUGCACAACCACCGAAGUCAUUCCUGGCACGUCUGCGGAGGGAGUACCGUGCGCUCGAAAGCAGCCUUCCUGAAUCCAUUGUUGUCAGAGCCUUUGAAGAUCGCACGGACCUGCUAAGAUCUCUCAUCAUUGGGCCUGCCAAUACGCCAUACGAAGACGCCCCGUUCGUGAUAGAUUGGAUGUUAGACUCAAACUUCCCCAAUAGCCCUCCUAUCGCCCACUUCCUCAGCUGGACUAACGGCAAUGGACGCGUCAACCCCAACCUCUAUGAAGAGGGCAAAGUCUGCCUAUCGAUCCUCGGUACUUGGACAGGAGACAAGACCGAAGUGUGGAGUCCGGCACGUUCCUCUAUCCUGCAAGCCCUCGUUUCAAUCCAGGGCCUCGUCCUAGUGAAAGAACCGUGGUUCUGCGAGCCCGCAUAUGACAAGCUACGAGGAACCGAAGAGGGUACUGUCAACAGUCGACUAUACAGUGAAAAGGCCUACGUCCUAUCUCGCGGCUUCGUCCGCAGAGCGCUCGAAAUUCCUCUCGGCGGUCUUGAGUCAGAAAUAUCCAAGUUAUACCACGAGAAAGGUUACUUGCGAAAGGUCAUCGAUGAUGCCCAAAAUUUGAUACAGAAAAGCCGGGACAAUGCUCCUCUAGCAAAAGAGGACCAAGACCUUGCUGUACCCAGACUAACAACAGGAGGAAUUAUCACACUCGAACGGACGUUGAUCAAACUACAAGGACUACUAGACAAGUCUGGCCAAUAG